AUGAGUGACGAAAAUUUACCUGAAGUAUCUAAUGAGAAUAAUAAUCAAGAAAGCAAAGAACAGAUUGAUACUAAUGUAGAGCAAAAAUUACCUACACCAACAGUAUCUGAUAUGGAUGAUGUACAAUCAUUUUGUGCUGAAUUUCAUAUUAAAGUUGAAAAUGCAGCUGGUAUUCGUCCAUGGUUACAAUUUAGUGAUACAAAUUUUUCUGAAGAAGUAUUAAAACAAUUUGAAGAGUGUGAAUUUGAUAUGCCAACUCCAAUUCAAUCAAUAGCAUGGCCUAUUCUUAAUCAUGAUCGAGAUCUUGUUGGAAUAGCAAGUACAGGAAGUGGAAAAACACUUGCUUUUAUUCUUCCACUUGUACUUCAUAUACGUAAACAACCGCCAUUACAACCUGAUGAUGGUCCUAUUGCAAUUGUUUUAGCACCAACAAGAGAAUUAGUUCAACAAAUUCAUAAUGUUGCACAACCAUAUUUUAAUAUAUUUGGAAUCAAGUCUUUAUGUAUUAUUGGUGGUGAUGAAAGAGAAAAACAAAUCAAUGAAAUUGGUGAUGGAAAAGAAGUAUAUAUAUGUACACCAGGACGAUUAGCAGAUUUUUUAGAAUCAAAAAUUACAACACUUUAUCGUGUAACUUUUAUUGUACUUGAUGAAGCUGAUAAAAUGCUUGAUUUAGGUUUUGAACCACAAAUUAGAAAUAUAUUAGCAGAUUUUAAAGCACCAAAACCUUUAUCUACUGAAGAAGAAGAGGAAGAACAACCAUCAGCACGUCGUCAAGCUCAAAUUUCUAUGUUUUCUGCAACAUGGCCUAAAUCAAUAAAAACAUUAGCUGAAGAAUAUUUAACAAAUUAUGUUCAUGCAACUGUUGGUUGUUUAUCGGAAUCUCAUGCUGUAAAUUUAAAUAUACAGCAAAUAGUAGAUUUUUGUCCGAAUGAACAACAAAAAAAACAAAAUCUUUUUAAAAUUCUUGAUGAAGUCUGUGCUUAUGCACCAGAACGAAAAACAAUUAUAUUUGUUCGAACACGUGAUAAAGUUAAUCGAUUAAGUAAAGAUCUGGAACAAAAUGGUUACAAAGCAUUACUUUUACAUGGAUCAAAAAGUCAACAAAUGAGAAAUGAUGUUCUUAAAGAAUUUCGAGAAACUCAAAAUGCACUUUUACUUGCAACAGAUGUUGCUUCUAGAGGCUUAGAUGUUGAUGAUGUACGAUUUGUAAUUAAUUUUGAUUUUCCAACAUCAGAUGCUGUUUAUAUACAUAGAAUAGGACGUACAGGUCGAAGUGCUCAAUGUGGUACAGCAUUUACAUUUUUUUCUAAUGAAGAUGCUAAACAUGCACCAGCACUUAUUCAUAUUUUGGAUGAAGCUGGAGCUGUUGUUCAUCCAAUUAUUCUUCAAAUUGGACGAAAGAAUGGUUUUAAUAAAUGGGUAGCUAAUGUUGGAAUGCCUCAAUAUCCAGUUUAUAAUCCCGAUGAGAAUUGGUCAGAUGGUAAUUAUAAUAGUCAAGAGUGGCCGAAUAAUGAAUAUGAUAAUAAUGAAGAUUUACCACCAACAUUAAUGAAUAUAGAUUUAAGUUCAUUUGAUCCUAGUCAAUUACGACCAUUACCGGUGUCACUGUUAAAUUCCAAUGGACAACUUAAUGAACUUGAUGUAAAUACUCGAAUAAAAAAUUUUCAAGAUUAUAAACAACGUUGUCAAUUAUUGGAACGUUUAUCAUGGGAAGCUAAUGGUAGAAAUUAUCCAAAUAAUCAAAAUGAAUACAAUAAUUAUGAUAAUAAUUAUAAUAAUAAUAAUAGAUAUAAUGGAGGUUGGUCAAAUCCUGGAAGUGAAAAUCAAAAUGGAAGAAAUAUGAAUUCAUACAAUAAUGAAUGGCAAAAUAAAAAUUUUGAUUCAAAUCAAAAACGUUCAUGGGAUAAUACUGUACCUCCCUCACAUAAUAACAAUAAUAAUAAUAAUCAAUGGAAUGGAAAUAAUAAUGGACAAACAAAUUAUGACCAAUGGAAACCAUCAAAUCAACCACAACCUCAACAACAACAACAACAGCAACAGCUACCACCACAACAGCAACAGCAACAACAACAACAACAACCACAAGAUCAACAAUUAUCUGAUCUUGAAACAAAUCCAGCUAUUAUUUAUGCUAAAGCAAGUAGUGAAUAUCAUAUACAAUAUAAUCAAUAUACAACUGCAUUACAACAAGCGAUGGCUGCACAACAAGCAGGUACACCAAUAACACCACAACAACAACAAUAUUUAAUUACAUUUCAACAACAAUUGCAAGCGAAGCAACAACAAUUGCAAGUAAUGCAACAAGCAGCUAAUCUUCAACAAGCAACUAUUUUACAAGCUGCUGCAUUGAGUGCUGCUUCACAAAAUGCUUGGAAUCAACCAGCAAAUAAUUUACAAGCAAACUCAUCGAAUGAUCUAACAAAAUCAACUGCAAAUGCACAACAAAAUUGGAUGCAACAAUGGAUUAAUGCUGGUUACGAUGCUUCACAGAUUGCUGCCUAUCAACAAUGGUAUACACAAAUGCAAACAGCAGCUUCAUUAGCUGCUUCUACAGCAUUAUCUCAGCCUCAAGCUCCAUCCAAUUCUUACAAUGGAAUGCCGCAUGGAUUUUCAUCAAAUAAUAGUAAUCAGCACUCAACUGCAACUAUAUCAGCACCACCAACUGUAUCAUCAUCAACAGCAAAUGCUGCUCAACGUGCUUAUGCUGCAUAUAGCAAUCGAGCACCAACAUCUUGA